CACAUCAAAUCGAUGUUUGCGCAAGGGAAGCACAAGAAUCUUUCCAAUUUGUAGUGUAAAUUGGAUAAUUUUCAAAGGAUUUGUUCCGCAGGGGUUUCUUUUUUAUGAUAAUACACGACAAUUUAUAAUACAAAAGUUUCUGUCUAGGAUUUUUUCUUUCCUUUGUGCAUCAGAUAUCGUGAUAUUAUUAUAUCGAAGAUUACCAAGAUUUAAAGUACUGAACAUAUUGAACUUUAAUAAUUGGCAAAAAAACAUCAAUUUUUUAAUUUUAAUGCCAGGAGGUUAACAGAUUCUCGACGCGAAACCAUGUCGUCUAGUGACUACUUGGACUUGCGAGAGAAGACAAUUUUCUAUCUAGGAGUUCUAUCGACAGCCAUUAUUCCAUUCAUUUUGACGGGGAAUCUACUCGUUUUAAUAUCCCUGGUCAAAUUUAAAUUUCGAUUUCGAAAUGUUACAAACCUUUUCAUCGGUUCCUUGUCUGUUGCAGACUGUCUCCUAGCAGUUUUGACGUUGCCAGUCUACGUGGCCUUUUACUUUGAUGGGGACAGAUUGGCAACAAUCAAGUACCUUUGCAUAUGCAAAUAUUCUUCUGUCGUCUGUUCAAUGAGCGCCUCACUCACAAGUCUUGUCGCCAUUGCAGUGGACAGGUACAUUGCAAUAAUUCAUCCUUUGAAGUAUCCAUCCGUAAUGACUAGAAAGAAAGCUUUCAUUGUCAUUUUUUCUCUGUGGAUCUACAAUUUGACAUUAUUUGUAUUCCCCUUCUUCGUCAACAAUUACACCAAGGAAACAAAAGAAUGCGAUUUUUUCAAGGUAUUGCCAAAGGCAUAUUCUAUGAGCAGUACAUUUGGAGCCAUAUUUCUGUGUCUGGCAUCGACUUUGUUCAUGUACAUCAGGAUUUUCAUUGUAGCUCAGAAACAUAGAAAAAGAUUAGAUAAAUACAGAAAGACCAUAAAGUCCAACUUAGAUCGGAAGUUUGAAAAAGAUGCAAAAUCAGCCAAAACAAUGGCCUUGAUUUUGUUCCUCUUUUUUCUUUUUUGGAUACCGUUUAUGGUUGCCGGACCGCUUAAAUAUCUCAAUCUUGAAAAGAAUCUUAUUGAAUCUAUUAAAAGCAUGGCUGUUUUUAUAGCAAUGUGCAAUUCUGGGGUCAAUCCAGUUGUUUAUUGUUGGAUGAGGAAAGAUUUCCGCGCAUCAUUUACCGCCAUAAUUAAGUGCUAUAAUCGCACACAGAGUGAGGAAAUUCUUAGGGAAGCUUCAACAAAUUCUACAGAAGAUAGACAGAAGAACGAAAAUAGGAAUAACUAUAAAGAAGCACCAGAACGUGCAGAAGUUCAGAAAAAGCUUGAUUUAAAGACUAUUUGUUAUACACAGCGUGUGUCCGACAGCUGCCUCGAUUCCAGUUUAAGCCCUGACGGUAAAUAUACCAAGAUAGACGAAGCAAGUGUGACAACAGUUUGAACUACCGUUAUUUUUUUUAAUGUUUUUCAUUGGUUGACAGGUAUGUUUUUCGUCGAAUGCUUUAUCAUAAAUUACCUUAAAUGUCUUAAAUAUAUUUGUUCAUUUCAAAUGAUUUUUUUUUAAUUUUAUGCAUUAUUGCAUUAUUUUGUA